GACACGACCUGUAAGAAAACGCUUUCGUGCUCUGUAGAACAAUCUGGACUGAAGCAAUACUGCUGAUCUACUUGCUGGGCUUCAGGAGUUGUCUGACACAAUCCUAAAGCCACAGGAGAUUCCUUCAAAAAACCUGUUGAGGAGAGAGAAAUUUUCCUCAGAAGACUGGAAAAGAGCAAAAGUGGUACUUCUCUUAAGAAGGUGGAAAGGAAGGAGUUGGAAAAACUAGAUCUGUAAUCCUGGCUUUAGCACUUGAAGGAAAUACUGAAAUCACCCACCAAAGAAUCUGUUUGCAAGCAUGGAGAAUUCAAGUCAGCGGGCAGAAAUUACCAACAGCAGUGAGGAUUGCAGCUUUACAGAGAUUGACAAAUUGGCAUGGCAGGUGCAGCUGAGGAUCUCCAUCCCCACCUUCAUCCUGGGGCUGGUUCUCAACAGCCUGGCUCUGUGUGUGUUCUGCUGCUUUUGGAGAAAGCAGACCAAGACCUCGGUGUACAUGAUCAGCCUGGCUCUGGCAGACGUCCUGCUGCUCCUCUCACUGCCACCAAAGCUCUACUACUCUGUCACCUGGGCGCCUGGACUGCUGUGCUCCUUCAUACAGGCUCCUUACUUCGUCAACACCUACACCAGCAUCUUCAUCAUUGUCUGCAUCACUGUGGACAGGUACAUCUGCAUAAGGCACCCGUUUGAAGGUCGAGCUAACCAAUCCCCCAGGUGGGCUGUCUUGAUUUGCUGCUUCAUCUGGGCAGCAGCUUGGAUCUGCAGCAGCCCAAUGUAUGUGUUUCACAGGAAGGAAUCUAUUAAAUGCUUUCACAACAUGUCAGAGCAGACGUGGAGUGUCCCCUUCAUUGUUUCUGUGGAAGUAUUUGGGUUUCUGAUCCCGCUUGCAGUGAUGGUUUUCUGCUCUGCUCAAACCAUCUGGAUUCUUUGGAAUCACAGAACUCAUGACGAGAAGAGCGUGGAAGAAAGGGGCUCGUUGCGAGUAAUCGUCAUCAACCUCGUGGUGUUUCUGGUGUGCUUCACCCCCGUGCACCUCGGCAUCUUCCUGCAGUGCCUGGUGAGGCAGCAUGUGAUCGUGGGCUGCAGCGUGAAGCAGAGCAUCAGCCUGUUCCUCCAGGUGUCCAUGACGUUUGCCAACCUCAACUGCUGCCUCGAUGCCAUCUUCUACUAUUUUGCUGCAAAGGAAUUCCUCAAGAAAACACACCUGAAGAGGGUGACUGAGGUGUGUCCUGUCUUUAACCCCUGUGCCAUGCGAUGGCACUGCCAGCAGUGGGAGAAUGCCCCUUGCCAGGACACUGACACUGCUACACCUGACACGGCAGGGACUGUCCCAUUGGGAGAAGUACAGUGAUUUUCCAAUGAAGGCAAACCUGCUCCAUACUUUUCUUCCUUUUAAAAAGGAAGGAGAAAAAAGUUAGAUUAAGGAACCAGCAUUAGCAAAGUGACAGACUGACACCAAAAGAAGCAUUAGCCUUGACAGUAUCUA